CCCCGCCGUGACUUGCCUUCGACUGCAAACUCAAAACACACAAGGGGUCUCUAUAAGGGUCCUUGAACACACACAUACCCUCUUGUUGCUUGCCAAUAAAGAGCUGAAAUGGACCUGUUUUUCGGCGAAGUGAAACAAGUCCCUUCCCGAGCCUUUGACGACGACGAGGAAGACAUAGAGGCACCACAUAUCGAGUAUGAGAUAAACACAGUCUUGAAAAAGGAGAUGGAAGAUCCUAUUCUGAAAUGCUCCACAGUGAUAAUUGCAUGUGGGAAUUUAGCAACAGACUUCUGUGAAACCAUGUUCUGGUCUGAGAAAUGUUCAGAAGCUGGUGUGAUUGAAGUGAAGCAAAAAAGAGAGAUCAGCAUUGAAGACACAGGUGACUUUCGUCCGCGUCAGCCUCAGCCUUCAAAACUUUUUAUCACCCCUCACUCAGUGCUGGUGUGUUGUACUAGUAGAGAUGUGACACCUAUUAUAGCUACACAAUUUGUACAAAAGUUAUUCAGUGUGAUAGGGACCUCCAUUUGUAUGAUGGUACUAUCAAGUCAUCAUUAUGGAGCUCUGCAUGGUAACUAUGCGCCUGAAGGAGAGGACAACUGUGUGGUCCACUCCCUAUGUUCCCCAGCUUUUCCUGGCACUCCUGUUUAUCCUUCACUUCCACAACCAGCAACGCUGGACUCAGUACCUGCAGCAGCAUUAACAGAGUGCAUAGUGAACCAGCGACCUUGUGUAGCCUACCCAGUGUUCACUGAGACUUACUCCACAGGAGAUUUAGACUUGGUGGUUGAUGCAAUGAAGAAAGUGUUUCACAGUGAACCCUUUCUUAAAGCUGCAGCUUCUUUGCAGGACAAUAGCAAAUUAUGUCAGUACAGGGAUAGAAACAUGAGGAAAGAAACACUAGACAGAUAUAUGUAAUUUUAUUAUGAUUAAACUUGUGUGAACUGUAAGCUUAUUUUGGGCAUUUUGAAGAAAGUUGUGAGAUAAAUAGCCAUUUUCCUGUCUCAUUACACCAUAAGACAGCUUAUCUGUAGAUCUAAUGUAGAAAGGUUUCGUGAAAAGUGCAUCAUAUCCAGUAAGUUGAACAUUUAAUUGAAAAUGAGUGUAUUGAUCAGCAUUUCAUCAUUUAUUCAGAUUUGCAUUGUUAUGGAAAAACAUCUUAUGAAUGUUUUCUUCGAUCAGUGGCGAUUAAUAAAGUGAUUGAUAA